UUGGGAGAAUUCAGGGGAAAAGUAUCAAUCUGUGCCUAUUUUUCGAAUAAGUAACAACAAGUAACUAAUAGAUACCAUGAAAUUUCUAAUAACCUUUGUGGUAGUGCUUUUUGGUGCCGUAAAUGCUAAUAUCAUUAUCAAAUACGAGGACGGAGAUAUUCAUGAAAGUCAUGGUAAAAACUACAACUCGAUUGGUAGCAGCGGACUCCGAACUAUUGCGCAAGGAUCAGCCCAUCAAGCAAACUCAGCUGUAGCUCAACAACAUGCUGCCGCCCGUCAAGCUUCCUACGUUGCGAAAAGUACCCUAGCUCAAGCCGCUGUUCAAGCCGCCGCCACUGCCCAAGCGGCCCUUGCUGGCAAGACCGUCUUGCUCCAGAACAUUGAACAGCAAGCUGCCGAAGCUGAAGCCUCCCUUCAUGGUGAAUUGGCUCAACUGGAAACCGCUCGGGAAGCCAGCGCAAAGACAUCAGCUGCAGUUCAUGAGGCUAAAUCUCAUGUUAACAUUUUGACCAGUGCCGCCAACAGUGCUCAACAAGUGUUAGAACAAAAUCAAAUUGUGGCUCAGGCUAUAGCCAGUUUGCUCUCAUCUCAAACUGAAGCUGCUUCGGAAGCCAAGUCUCGUUUACUUGCCAUAACUGCCCAGUUAGAAGCUGUUCGUGCUGAUUUCGCUGCGACCAAACACGCUGCUGAAAAAGCUUCUGCAUCUGCUCAAGAGGCCCAAGGCAACGCUGCUGCCGCUGCUGCCAAUGCUGCCCAUGAACUUGAAUCUGCCGCCCUUGCUAACGCCCAUGGAGCUGAUAUUGAUGACUCCUACAGCCAAGGAAUCGAUAUCCACCAUAACCUCUCCUACCAACAUUGAUGUCAUUAAAAGCUCUACCAUGACUAAAAUUUUGGAAUUUCAGGUGUAUCUUGCUCUAUUAUUAAAUUGUUAAAAAU